GAGAGAGAGAGAGCGAGCGAGAGAGCGAGUGACUGUGUGAGCGAAAGAAAGAGAGAGAGAAACCGGCGGGGCUGGUCUGUGUCUCUCCGUUAUCGUUUUAUUAUCGCCGUAUUUUAUUUUUAUUCUUGCAUGUAUCCAGCGGGGUAACUGCAACAAAAAAAGGAUUACGUGAAAAUUACAAGGGGUGUGUGGAGCGGGUGGCUGCUGUCUGUGGGUCAAGAUGAAUCCCUUGGAGUCGGUUGAUCGGGUCGAGCUCUGCGAGAGUCUGUUGACGUGGAUACAAACCUUUGGUGUUGAAGCACCAUGCAAAACAGUGGAAGAUUUAACAAGUGGAGUUGUGAUGGCUCAAGUUCUUCAAAAAAUCGAUCCUUCCUACUUUGAUGAUAACUGGAUAAAUAGGAUCAAAACAGAGGUUGGCGAUAAUUGGAGAUUAAAGAUCAGUAAUUUGAAGAAGAUUUUGAAGGGAAUCUUAGACUAUAAUCAUGAGGUUCUAGGUCAACAGAUCAAUGAUUUCACUCUGCCUGAUGUUAAUCUUAUCGGCGAGCAUUCGGAUGCUUCUGAGCUCGGUAGAAUGUUGCAGUUGAUACUUGGCUGUGCGGUGAACUGUGAACAGAAACAAGAAUAUAUCAAGACAAUAAUGAUGAUGGAAGAGUCUGUUCAGCAUGUAGUGAUGACAGCAAUUCAAGAGCUAAUGAGCAAAGAAACUCCCGUGGGCUGUGGAAAUGAUUCUUACGUUGAUCUUGACAGACAGUUAAAGAAAACCACUGAAGAACUAAACGAAGCUUUGGCAGCAAAAGAUGAAAUUGCACAAAGAUGUCAUGAGUUAGAUAUGCAGGCAUACCUUGUUCAAGAGGAGCGAGAUAGACUGAGGUUAGAAUGUAAUGAACUAGACGAAAGGGUUGCAGCAUUACAGGAAGAAAAGGGGAGCUUGUUAGCGGAAAAUCAAAUCCUUAUGGAGCGUCUCAACCAGUCGGAUUCAAUCGAAGAUCCCAACAGUCCUGCGGGGAGGAGACACCUACAGUUACAGACCCAAUUAGAGCAGCUUCAGGAAGAAACAUUUAGGUUAGAAGCUGCCAAAGAUGAUUACAGGAUACGUUGUGAAGAACUAGAGAAGGAAAUUGUUGAGCUACGAGGUCAAAACGAAGAGCUGACGUCUCUAGCAGAUGAAGCACAGUCUCUAAAGGAUGAGAUGGAUGUCCUCAGGCAUUCUUCCGAUAAGGUGGCAAAACUGGAGGGCAUGGUUGAGUCCUAUAAGAAGAAGCUGGAGGAUUUAGGUGACCUAAGAAGGCAGGUUAAACUAUUGGAAGAAAAAAAUACUUUAUAUAUGCAGAACACAGUCAGCCUCGAGGAGGAGUUGAGGAAAGCAAAUGCCACACGUGGUCAGCUGGAGACGUACAAGAGACAGGUUGUGGAGCUUCAGAACAGACUCUCUGAGGAGUCCAAAAAAUCAGACAAGAUGGAAUUUGAGUAUAAACGAUUAAAAGAAAAAGUAGACUCUCUACAAAAAGAAAAAGAUAGAUUGCGAACAGAGAGAGAGUCGUUAAAGGAAACAAUUGAAGAAUUACGUUGUGUCCAAGCUCAAGAAGGCCAGCUCACUGCAGGUCUUGUCCCAUUAGGAAGUCCAGAAACGUCUGACUCAUUAGCAGCAGAAAUAGUAACUCCGGAAUUCAGGGAGCGACUAAUUCGUCUGCAGCAUGAAAACAAGAUGCUGAAGCUAAAUCAGGAAGGCUCCGAUAAUGAAAAAAUUGCACUAUUACAAAGUCUAUUGGAGGAUGCCAACAGCAGAAAAAAUGAAUUGGAAACCGAGAACAGAAUAGUCAAUCAGAGGCUACUGGAAGUUCAGUCCCAGGUAGACGAAUUGCAAAAGUCAUUGCAAGAACAAGGGUCAAAGGCUGAAGAUUCUGUCCUCCUGAAAAAGAAAUAUGAAGAACACUUGGAGAAAAUGCGAGAGAUGACCAACGAGCUACAGAAGAAAAGGUCUUGUAUCGAAGAUUUGGAGACCAAAUAUAACAACAGCUGUCAAAAAUUAGAAGAACUGGAGGAUGCCUUGGGAAAAAAAGAUGAAGAAAUGAAGCUAAUGGAGGAGAGGUACAAGAAAUAUUUGGAGAAAGCUAAAAGUGUGAUCAGAACUUUAGAUCCCAAACAGAACCAGGGCUCAGCACCAGAAGUUCAGGCUUUGAAAAACCAGUUGCAAGAAAGAGAAAGAAUGAUUCAUUGUUUAGAGAAGGAGUAUGAGAAAACAAAAACUCAAAGAGAACAAGAAGAAAAGCUUAUUGUUUCAGCGUGGUACAAUAUGGGCAUGACCCUACAGAAGAAAGCAGCAGAAGACAGACUUGCAAGCACCGGGUCGGGUCAGUCAUUUUUGGCUCGGCAAAGGCAAGCAAAUAGCACAAGACGGCCAUACCCUGGACAUGUUCAGCCUGCUACAGCGAGGUAGAGGGGGCAGAGAUUACCCCGAAGAGACAGCGGCCAUGUGGUCCUGUGACUGCACACUGUAUGCAUUCAAAAUAAGUUCUCCUGUUGCUUUGGCUGUUUUUAAAUUUUAAGUUCAAAUUUUAUUAGAGCACCAUUUUCUGGGUUUUAAACAGAGAUGCCAACCAGCUGUUUCCGAAGAUUAGCUAUUUUUUUAGUUUUCACACGUAAUUCUAUUCUUCUAUAAGUGAAGUCCCACACAGAUAACCAGCUUGGUAUUCAGUAAGCAGUAAUCAUGGAUGUCUUUGUGCAAUAGAAGACGUUUUGUUAGUUGUCUAUCCUGUCUCUUUACAAAAGUAAAAGCCUUUCUGAGUUGGUAUCCUAACGAGUCUCUCUUUUUGGUAGUUUGUGUCACCUGAAAUGAGACUCGCACAUCUACCACCUGCACAUUUUGAGAUCUGCGUUAGCUGGAUUUUGCAUUCAAGCAUGUAACAUUUAGACAUUAGAUUUCCUGCUGACGUUUUAAAGGAGGAAUGACUGUCCGACAUGUCCUUGAUUGUGACUUGGUAGUAAAUGCAACCUACCUCAGAAACAUUUUUCCGUUUCUAACAUUUGUUGCCAUCUUUAAAAUAUUAAACCAGAUUUUGCCCAUCAAUGUAUGUCUGUUUUGGUUCCUUCUUCUUGACGAUUGUUUUUGAGAGUGGCAGUCAUUUCUCCGCCAAUGAAACCUUUCAAUUAUUAUGCAGCUCUUUUGUCAAUAUGCCUUUUUAAAUAGUAUAAUAAAGACUUUCCUGAUUGUUUUAUCUCAAUCUACAUUUUGCUUUAGAAAAUAAUUGACGAUGACCAGAUAGCAGAAACAAGUAUUAAAUUUCCAUGCAAGCAGCGCACGCCAUUCAAACGCGUCAAAGCAGGGUGGACUUGUCUGUAGGCAUCAAGGCCUCUACAGUUGUGAACUCUUAUGGGAGCCUUGUUAGCAGUUUGUUUUUAGUGUUAUCGUCUACUCUGAAAAAGAAAUGUAACAUUUGUUGAGGUGAUUUAUUACAUACACACUAGUCUUUGAAUGAAACUGUCCACUUUCUGUUAUAUUCUAGUGGCAUAUUGUAGCUCCUUUUUGACCUGUUUCUGUUGUGUUACCAAAUGGCAGACAGACAGACAGAUGACACUCUCAAUAACAUUGGUCGCCGGCCACAUCUUACUCAUCUCUGGCAUUUUACACACUUGCACUAUUUUGCACUUGAAAUCACUAACACUAUUUCAGUUUUCUAGGGGAGUUGUCGGCGUUUGGAGUGAGACGUACAAUCUAAGGGAACCAUUGAAGUGCCUUGUAAAUUCACUCUUUUAUUUUCUUUCAUUUUUUUAAGUCACUUUAGUCCACAAAUCGUCCUGAGACUUUUUUUUUUUUUAUGUGAAGUAUGACUACGCCUUAAGAACAGAGUCAAAUAUUGCAAUUAAAAUAUUUCAUACUUUAUUUAGUUUAGUUUUAUUAACAUGAAAUGCUUCCAUUUUUUACUAUAUGCAUUAGAUAAAAGUUACAUGCUUCAGUUUCAUAUAAAAAGUGUAAAUACACAAUUGUCUUUUUUUUGUCAUUGUUUUUGUCUGUAAACAAGCGUGAACAAGUAUAGAAAACAAACAUGGAAAUGAUUUUUAUAGAUGAUAAAUUUGAAAAUCAGUCAGCAGGUUCAAAAAAACCCUCUGUGAAAUUGGAGAAAAAUUCAUUUUAUUAUUACCUUUACAAUGCAUUUAAACCUUCAUUUAUAUCUUAAAAGGCACAUUUCGCAAUGGUAAUCACUUAUUAGAAACAAAUAUGCAUGUGCUUUUUACAGAUAAUAAAUCUGAAUAUUUGUGAACAGGUUCAAAAAGACGUUCUGCCAAAUUGGGAAAUACAUAAAUUUGUUUUACCAUUACCUUUACAAUCAGUUUAAACCUUAAUUUAUAUAUUAUAUGACACAUUUAGUGAUGUCAGCCGUAUAUUGGGAACCCACAUGCAAAUGAUUUGUACAGAUAAUAAAUUUGAAAAUUGGUGAACAGGUUCAUAAAAACACUUCUUCAAAGUGGAAAAAAAAUUAUUCAUUUUACAGUUAAUUUUACUAUGCAUUUAAACCUUAAUUUCUAUAUUAAAUGUCACAUGUAGUAAUAUUAGCCAUAUAUAGAGAACACAUAUGGAAAUGAUUUUUACAGAAAGUAAAUCUGAAAACAAUGAAGAGGUUCAUAAAGACCCUCCGUCAAAUUGCAAAAAAAAUUAUUUUAUCGUUAUCUUUACAAUCAGUUUAAACCUUAAUUUAAAUAUAAUAUGGCGCAUUUAGUGAUGUUAGCUGUAUAUUGGAAACCCUCAUGCAAAAGACUUUUACAGAUAAUAAAUUUGAACAUUGGUGAACAGGUUCAUAAAAACACUUUUUCAAAUUGGAACAAAUGAAAUGUAUUUUACCAUUAACUGUACAAUGCAUUUAAACCUUAAUUUCUGUAUUAAAUUCACAUAUAGAGAUAUUAGCCAUAUAUAGAGAACAAAUAUAAAAAUGAUUUUUACAGAAAGUAAAUCAGAAAAUCGAUGAAGAGUUUCGAAAAGACCCUCCAUCAAAUGAACUUUAUCAUUGCCUUUACAAUCUGUUUAAACCUUAAGUAUAAUAUGGUGCAUUUAGUGAUGUUAACCAUAUAUUGGGAACACAUAUGCAAAUGAUUUUACAGAUAGUAAAUUUGAAAAUUGGUGAACGGGUUCUCAAAAACACUUCUUCAAAUUGGGGAAAAAACAAACUAAUUUUACCAUUAACUGUACAAUGCGUUUAAAUCUUAAUUUUUAUAUUAAAAGCCACUUGUAGUGAUAUUAGCCAUACACAGAGAACAAAUAUGGAAAUGAUUUUUACAGAUAAUAAAUAUGAAAAUUUGUGAACAGAUUCAUAAAGACCCUCCGUCAAAUUGGAAAAUAAAUUCAUUUUACCGUUACCUUUAUAAUUCGUUUUAAACCUUAAUUGAUGUAUUAUAAGACACAUUUAGUGAUGUUAGCCAUAUAUUGGGACGAAUAUGGAAAUUAUUUUUUACAAAAAAUAAAUCUGAAAAUCAGUGAACAGGUUCAUAAAGACCCGCCGUCACAUUGCAAAAAAAAAUUUAUUUGAUCUUUACUUUUACAAUCAGUUUAAAAAUCAAUUUACAUAUAAAAUAAAAACCAAAAGUCCAUUCAGUGACUGCUUACCUGUUGGCCCUAUUUUUGGCCUGAUUCUUUACUGGAAAAGCUCGAGUAUAUGCUUGUUUUAACUCUAUUUCUGCCUGUGUAUUUUUUUUUUUUUUUUGUAUUUAUUUCUAGUUUAAUAGCGUUGCCAUGUUUAACUUUAAACUGUCACUUUCCUUGUGAAUACUGCAUCAUUAUAUGUGUUAUAUUUUAUCAUUUUAAUUUAUUUUGGGUCUGAUUGGCAUCUCUGUUUAACAUUUCUUUAGAUGAGUUUCAGUAUUUUAAGUUGGACAAAGGAAAGAAGCAAAUAAUUAAUAUUUUUAUUUGUUUUGCAGAGCAUUGCAUAACACUCUUCCUAUCUGUCAGAAACACAAACAUAAUGUCCGUUCACAAAGAUGCGUCUUUUCCAUACAGAUGUGCAGGGAGAAAAUGUUGUAUGAGUACUUCCAAGGCGAGGGAGGUUUUCCGUUCUUUUCUCGGUUAGGUCAUCUUAAAAGUUUAUAAUCAUCUGUCAUCUUAAAAGUUUAUAAUCAUCUGUUCUAUGCAUUAGGAAUUUUUCUAGGAAUGUCACGUUGCCGCCUUAAUAAAAGGUUCACAUGACAAAAGUGAUUGUACAAGCCAGGACUAACCAUUAAAACAGAAUCGGACUUUCAGUUACUUAAGCUCUGUGGUGUAAUUGGCGCAGCCAAGACACUGAUUGGCAUGCAGUCUUUAUAUUAUUUUAAAUGUCUGAUACCUUUUAAAGUUGUAAGACUGAGUGCAUUUUUUCACAUUUAAUCUAGUUCUACAACCUUUUUGCUGCUACAUUAAUUUUUCAAAUUUACAUUGAUUUUGAAUAAAAAUGGCAAACCCA